AUGCCUCCGCGACGCAGAGUAGGUACUAGAGGCCACCCAGACGAAUCAGGUAGCCAAAGCAGUAAUAACCAAGAGCGGACUGACCCCAAUGAGUUCGACCAUGAGGACUACGAAGAGGAAGAGGCUGAGGAAACCCCAGUAGAAGGAGCCCCAGGGGCAAACCCUAUGGAGCAAUUCAUGAACUUGCUCCGACAGAAUCUCGCCCAGCCACCUCAACCACACCCACCACCAGGACCUAACAUGGCAGUGGCAAAUGCCUUUAAGGCUUUCAAAUCCCUUAAGCCUCCAGAGUUCCUAGGAACUGCAGACCCAGUCGAGGCAAAAGCCUGGUUAAAAGAAAUGGAGAAAUCCUUUGAGAUAAUGGGCACUGGAGCCGCCCAAAAGACCAUCUUUGCCACCUACCUACUGAAAGGGGAGUCCAACUAUUGGUGGGAAGCCAAAAAGGGUAUGGAACCAGCCGGAGUAGUAACUUGGGAAAGGUUCACCGAAUUGUUCUUGGAAAAAUACUUCCCAAGGUUCAUGGAGUCCCAGAUGCAGCUCAAGUUCCUUGAACUGAAACAAGAAAAUAUGUCGGUGGCUGAGUAUGAGGCCAAGUUUACGGAACUAUCAAGGUUUGUGCCUGAAUUUGUCAAUACUGAGGCCAAGCGAGCUCGAAGGUUUCAACUAGGUUUAAAGCAGUGGAUCCAGAAUAGGGUGUCGAUGCUUGAGAUUACUGACUACGCCACCCUAGUGCAGAAGGCAUCGAUUGUGGAAGCUAGUAGUGAGCAAUCGCUGAAGAACAAGGAAGUAAAGAAAAGGAAGUUUGAUAGCCGGGGAAAAAGUUCUUUUGGUGGGAGUUUUUCUAGUAAGACGGCAAGAGGGACGAUGUCACAACCAACAAAGAACACGGGAUUCAGGAGGGCUGAGAGCGUAAGCGUAGGCCAGAGCGGCAGGCAGGGAGGGAUGUCUCACUUUAGUCAGUCUCGACCUCCGCUCCCUGAUUGUAAAACUUGUGGCAAAAGACACCUAGGCGAAUGCACCCUAAAAUCUGUGGUGUGCUACAAGUGUAACAAGACUGGGCAUUACUCAAACAACUGCCCCCAAGGAGGACCCAAGUGUUUUGAAUGCGGAAAGAUGGGGCACAUGAAGAAGAACUGCCCCUCAGCAAAUCCUGCCGGCUCGAGAAUCAGCGGGGCCGCCUCUAACAGACCCCCAACUGCUAGGACCUUCAACAUGACGGUGCAAGAUGCUGUGAGGCACACAAAUGUGAUAGCAGGUACUCUCUUGCUAAAUUCGACUCUUGCAAAUACAUUAUUUGACUCUGGAGCUACCAGGUCUUUCAUAUCUAGGGAUUUUGCAUCUAGAUUAAACCUUAAAGCUGAAUUGUUAAAAGAGUCAUUAACGGUAGAGAUAGCUAAUCAGGAAUUAUUUCCUGUCAGUCAAAUACAUCUGGAUUGCAACCUAGAGAUAGAAGGAGAGAAUUUUCAGGUAGACUUGAUCCCUUUCAAACUAGGAGAAUUUGAUGUCAUUCUAGGAAUGGAUUGGCUAGCCAGAAAUGGAGCACAUAUAGAUUGCGAAAAGAAAAAGAUUUAUUUGAAAAAGUCCGAAAAGAAGAAGAUAGUGUUUAAGGGACAAAGGCAAAACAAGAAAUAUCUAACCAUGGCACAAACAAAUCGGUUACUACGAAGAGGGUGUGAGGCUUACCUAGCUCAUGUGAUCGAUACCAAAAGAGAGUUCCCAAAAAUUCAAGAUAUUCCCGUGGUAAACGAAUUCGAGGAUGUAUUCCCAACUGACCUUCCCGGAUUACCCCCUGACCGAGAGAUAGAGUUUGCAAUUGACUUAGCUCCAGGAACUGCACCUGUCUCUAAGGCCCCGUAUCGACUAGCUCCCGUGGAGAUGAAGGAGUUAGCCACUCAGCUACAAGAAUUGUUAGAUAAGGGGAUGAUUAGACCCAGUGUUUCACCCUGGGGUGCUCCGGUGUUAUUUGUAAAGAAAAAGGACGGCAGUAUGAGACUGUGCAUAGAUUAUCGGGAGUUGAACAAACUAACUAUUAAGAAUAGGUACCCGUUGCCUAGGAUUGAUGAUCUGUUUGAUCAAUUAAAAGAUGCUGUACACUUUUCAAAAAUCGACCUAAGAACAGGUUACCACCAGUUAAAGAUUAAAGCUGAAGAUAUCCCAAAAACGGCAUUCUGUACUAGAUACGGGCACUAUGAGUUCUUAGUAAUGUCUUUCGGAUUAACAAAUGCGCCCGCAGCAUUCAUGGACCUAAUGAAUCGGGUAUUCAAACAAUACCUGGACGUAUGCGUGAUAGUUUUUAUUGAUGACAUCCUGAUUUAUUCAAGAACGGAAGAAGAACACACAAAUCACUUGCGAGUGGUUCUAUAG